UUCCCUUGCUGUGGAGGUCUCGGCGACUCUUCCAGCAAACUCACUGCACGACGCAGUCGGGCCAUGACCCCAGGAGCGCUGCUGCUGCUUCUGGGGGUGCUAGGGGUGCUGUUCGCCCCAGGCGCCCGCGGCUCGGAGGCGGAAGGCCGACUCCGCGAGAAACUUUUCUCGGGCUAUGAUAGCUCCGUGCGGCCGGCGCGGGAGGUGGGAGACCGGGUCGGGGUCAGCAUUGGUCUCAUCCUGGCGCAACUCAUCAGCUUGAACGAGAAGGAUGAAGAGAUGAGUACAAAGGUGUACUUAGACCUGGAGUGGACUGAUUACAGGCUAAGCUGGGACCCUGCGGAUCACGAUGGCAUCGACUUGCUGCGCAUCACAGCUGAAUCGGUGUGGCUCCCUGACGUGGUGCUGCUGAACAACAAUGACGGUAAUUUUGAUGUCGCUCUGGACAUUAACGUCGUGGUGUCCUCCGACGGCUCCGUGCGCUGGCAGCCUCCAGGCAUCUAUCGCAGUAGCUGCAGCAUCCAGGUCACCUACUUUCCCUUCGACUGGCAGAACUGCACCAUGGUGUUUAGUUCUUACAGCUAUGAUAGCUCAGAGGUCAGCCUGUAUACCAGCCUGGGUCCUGAUGGGCAGGAGCGGCAGGAAAUCUACAUUCAUGAAGGGACCUUCAUUGAGAAUGGCCAAUGGGAGAUUAUCCACAAGCCCUCUAGGCUAAUCCAGCCUCCAGGUGAUCCUAGGGGAGGGAGAGAAGGACAGCGGCAGGAAGUCACCUUCUACCUCAUUAUCCGACGGAAGCCACUCUUCUACCUGGUCAAUGUCAUUGCCCCGUGCAUUCUCAUCACUCUCCUGGCCAUCUUUGUCUUCUACCUGCCACCAGAUGCAGGAGAGAAGAUGGGGCUCUCCAUCUUUGCCUUGCUGACCCUUACUGUGUUCCUGCUGCUGCUAGCAGACAAAGUGCCUGAGACUUCCCUGGCGGUCCCCAUCAUUAUCAAGUAUCUCAUGUUUACCAUGAUCCUCGUCACCUUCUCAGUCAUCCUAAGUGUUGUGGUCCUUAACCUACACCACCGAUCACCCCACACUCACCAAAUGCCUCUUUGGGUUCGUCAGAUCUUUAUCCACACGCUCCCUCGGUACCUGGGUCUGAAAAGGCCCAAACCUGAGAAAGACCAGUUGCCGGAGCCCCAUCACUCUUCUCCAGGAAGUGUCUGGGGUCGGGGAACAGAUGAAUAUUUCAUUCGGAAGCCGCCAAACGAUUUUCUCUUCUCCAAACCCAACAGGUUCCAGUCUGAACUGUCUGUCCCGGACCUGCGGAGACUUAUCGAUGGUACAAAUCGGGCCGUGGGCCUGCCUCCGGAGCUCAGGGAGGUCGUUUCCUCGAUCAGUUACGUCGCUCGGCAGCUUCAGGAACAGGAGGACCAUGAUGCACUGAAGGAGGAUUGGCAGUUUGUGGCCAUGGUAGUGGAUCGCCUCUUCCUGUGGACCUUCAUCAUCUUCACGAGCGUCGGGACCUUAGUCAUUUUCCUAGACGCCACAUAUCACUUGCCCCCUCCUGACCCUUUUCCUUGAGGACUGGAGGCCCGGUUGAACUGAGAGGUACCUGUACUCUCAAGCCCCAUACCUCUCUGCCUCGUAACUCUUUCAGUAGGAAUCCAGUCCUCUUACUUCUUUUCUGGGGAGGGCUUUGAAGCGAGAUUGAGGGCUUCUGAGAAGGGUACCUUGAACCCACCUGAAAUGCACAUCAGCUUAUUUACUCUUUGGGUCUUGAAGAAGCUCUUUUGGAUGUGAAAGCUUAGGUCCCCAGUGAACUAGAACAAAGAGUAGGAACUAGAUUGUAAGCCUUAUGAGGGCAGGAAUGUAAUGUGCCCAGCACCUCACACAGGUCUUGACCCCAAAAUAAGUGCUUAAUAUUUGUUAAAGAGGGGGAAAAAAUGUCUGGAAGGAAAUACACCAAUUAAUAGUGCCUACAUUUGCAUGGUGAAACGAAUCAUUUUUCUGUCAUUAUCUUUUGUAAUAAGGAAUACUACCUUCAGUAUGUAAACAAGUUAUUUCUAGAAGGCUCUAUUUUUUUUUCCAUUUUUCUUUUAUUAUUCAUAUGUGCAUACAAGGCUUGGUUUAUUUCUCCCCCCUGCCCCCACCCCUAAAAGGCUCUAUUUUUAAUGGGGGAAGAAAAAAAGCAUUUUAAAGAUUCAAAUUCUGGCUUUGGUGCUCAAACCACUAAACUGCUCUGUACCUCAGUUUCCACCUCUUUAAAAUAAAGCUAAUAAUAUAGUAUAUGUCCCAUAGUAAAUACCCUGACAGUGUAUAUCAUAGUUUGCAAAUUGCUGUUUAGCCCAUGUUGUGUUAAAUUUGAAUUAACUUGCUAGUUUUAAAAUUUGGAUAUUUCAUAGAGACAUUUGGAUUUCUGGCUUCUUUUGAAAAAUGUUUUAAAAACUACAGUAACACUGGCCCUGAUACUCCUGUCGGCAGCAACUUGCUAGAGUGGCUUCACACUCUGGUCAAGCUAUUGGUGCCAAAAGUCCACAAAAGCUCCUUCCUGUCCACCUGCCCAUCACUCCAUAACAUUAGAAAAGAUAUAGAGGAGGGGAAAACAGGCAAGGAGUUGAAGCCAAUAGUGAGGGUAGGGAUAGAAAAAGGUCACGUCUCUAUGGCCAUGACACAUUUUGAGCCUCAAUAUACUUUCAAACUGAAAAAAGGGUUGGACUUGUUUAAGACAGUGUUAUUCAGGGAUACAGAGAUGCUGCAUCCAGCACUUGUGCACACAGGCUGUGUGAUGUGGAAUGAGUUACUGAAUUCAUGUUUCUGCCUGGAGAUCAGACCAGUCAGCUGGAGCCUAGUAGUUAUGACGAUUACAGUGAAACACUUGGAGUCAAGGAGCCCUACACCUA